CAGAGACAUUUUCAGAGACUUUUGAUCAACUGUUUUCUAAGAUUAAAUCUUCAAAACUGAAAGACAAUCUGAAGAACAAUCUGAAAGAAAACAUGUCAAGAAAAGGAAGGAGAAAAAUGGAAGUCUUUGAGCUGAUGGAAGGCCAUUAUUUAGUUGGAAAUCAGGGGAUCUAUAAAGUUCAGGAAUUCCUGGGACAAGGAAGUUUUGGAAAAGUGGCAAAAUGUACUAAAUUGGGGAGUCCAGAAUGUUACGCUAUUAAAAUCAUGAAAAGUUCCUGGGCAGGAGAGAGAGAGUUUAAAAUGAUGAAACUGAUCAAAGACCUGGAUCCUGAUGAGAACCACCUGAUUAAGAUGUACGAAUGGUUCCCAUUUCAAAAUAUGACUUGCAUAGUGUACGAGCUCUUGGACGUAAACCUUCAUGAUUCCUUGAUGAAUGAGGUGCAGCUGGUCCACUUGUGUUGGAUCAGAGUCAUUGCUCAGCAUUUGCUUAAGGCUCUCAAAGCACUCAAAAGUAUCGGUGUGGCACACUGUGACAUAAAAUUGGACAACAUUAUGUUUGCGGAACUAGACUCAGUGAAUGUAAAACUCAUAGACUUUGGUCUGGCUGUAGAGACAAAGAAACUUUCAACCGAAACCAAAAUCCAAGUAACUCCAUUCAGAGCACCUGAAGUUAUCCUUGGUCUGCCUUUGGAUGAAAGCGUUGACAUGUGGGCACUUGGCAUGGUGUUGGCCUCUGUUUACUUUGGAAAUUAUCCCUUUCCAUCUGAAACAGAAUAUGAAACAAUACGAGCUAUGGUGCAGAUAUUUGGUUUACCAGAAGCUGAAGUUCUCCAUAAGGCAAAGAACAAAGCAGCCUUUUUCACUAGGGACAACAGCAACUGGAGACUAUGCACACCAGAGGAAUACACAGAAACAACAGGGGAACAAGUGGAAAUAAAGAAUCAUGUGAUAAACCUUGAUGCAAUGAUGCAUGAACAUCGGGAUAUGUUUGAAGCCCAUGAUGAUGAUGACCACAGAGCUUUCAUUGACCUUCUUAAGAACAUGCUGGAAGUCAAUCCUCAAAACAGAAUCACGCCGAUUCAAGCCCUCGAACACGACUUCAUCACCAUGAAACACCUUGCAGGUAAAAGUAAGGCAAUGUAUGCUGGCACAGCUGAAGAGGCCAUGGGAAAGACCCCGCCGUCAGAAGCACAAGUAAAUCCCUCAGCAUCUUCUAGUUCAAGCAUGAGUGGAUCCUCUAAUAAAAGCCUCCAAUCAUCAAUGUCAGACCGGGAAACUGUAGACAUGAGUGACGUUUCUUCUGCUGAAAGUGAAGAUGAACAAUCAAGUGACUCCAGCCUUAACAGCUCAUCCUCUGACUCCUGUGAGAAACCUGUGUUCCAGGAAAAUUUGGAAAAGACUGAAGAUCUGCAGACAGACAAAGACAAAGCAAUAGAGUCAAGAAAAGGAAAGAGAAAAACUAAAGUCUUUAAGCUGAUGGAAGGCCAUUGUUUGGAUGGAAAUCAGGGGAUCUAUAAAGUUCAGGAAUUCCUGGGAAAUGGAAGCUUUGGAAACGUGGUUAAAUGUACGAAAUUGGGGAGUCAGGAAUGUUACGCUAUUAAAAUCAUGAAUUGUUCCAGAGCAGGACAGGAAGAGUUUGAAAUGAUGAAACUGAUCAAAGACCUGGAUCCUGAUGAGAACCACCUGAUUAAGAUGUUCGAAUGCUUUACAUUUCACAGUGUGACCUGUAUAGUAUACGAGCUCUUAGAUGUAAGCCUGUUUGACAGCUACAAGCGGGAUUCGUCUACUCGGACCCACUUGUGUUUGAUCAGAGUCAUUGCUCAGCAAUUGCUUAAGGCUCUCAAAGCACUGAAAAGUAUUGGUGUGGCACACUGUGACAUAACAUUGGACAACAUCAUGUUUACGGAUCCAGAUUCAGUGAAUGUAAAACUCAUAGACUUUGGUCUGGCUGUAGAGACAAAGAAACUUUCAACCGAAACCGAUAUCCAAGUAACUCCAUUCAGAGCACCUGAAGUUAUCCUGGGUCUCCCUUUGGAUGAAAGCGUUGACAUGUGGGCACUUGGCGUGGUGUUGGCCUGUGUUUACUUUGGAAAUUAUCCUUUUCCAUCAAAAACAGAAUAUGAAACAAUACGAGCUAUGGUGCAGAUAUUUGGUUUACCAGAAGCUGAAGUUCUCCAUAAGGCAAAGAACAAAGCAGCCUUUUUCACUAGGGACAACAGCGACUGGAGACUAUGCACACCAGAGGAAUACACAGAAACAACAGGGCAACAAGUGGAAAUAAAGAAUCAUGUGAUAAACCUUGAUGCAAUGAUUCAUGAACAUCGGGAUAUGUUUGAAGCCCAUGAUGAUGAUGACCACAGAGCUUUCAUUGACCUUCUUAAGAACAUGCUGGAAGUCAAUCCUCAAAACAGAAUCACGCCGAUUCAAGCCCUCGAACACGACUUCAUCACCAUGAAACACCUUGCAGGAAAAAGUAAGGCCGUGUACGCUGGCAAAGCUGAAGAGGCCAUGGGAAAAACCCAGCCGUCAGAAGCACAAGUAAAUCCCUCAGCAUCUUCUAGUUCAAGCAUGAGUGGAUCCUCCAAUAAAAGCCUCAAAUCAUCAGACGUGGAAAUUGUAGACGUGAGUGAAGUUCCGACUGCUGGAAGUGAAAAUGAACAAUCAAGUGACUCCAGCGAUAGCCCCUCAUCCUGGGAAACCUUUAGUGAAAGCCUGGAAUCACUGGUGUUAGAUGGUGAAAUUGUAGACAUGAUUGAAGUUCUUUCUACUAGAAGUGAAGAUGAACAUUCAAGUCACUCCAGCCUUAACAGCUCAUCUUCUGACUCCUGUGAGAAACCCGUGUUCCAGGACAAUUUGGAAAAGACUGAAGAUCUGCAGACAGACAAAGACAAAGCAAAAGAGUCAAGUGGAAGAAAAAAAGACAACAAAUCUUGUGGUGUAAAGAAAGGCCAAUUACUAGUGGGAAAUUUGGGAACUUAUAGAGUUGAGAAAUUUCUGGGGGAGGGGACUUAUGGCACCAAAUGUAGUAAAUUGGGAAGUCAGGAAAUGUUUGCCAUUAAAAUCCUUGAAGAUGUCAAUAAAGGCAAGGAAGAGUCGGAAGCAAUGAAACUAAUCGAAGAUUUGGAUCCCGAUGAGAACAACUUAAUCAAGUUUUACGAGUGCUUCUCAUAUAAAAAUGUGGUUUGCCUGGUGUACGACAUCUUGGAUGAAUGCUUGUGUGAUUGUUUAGAGGACGAUGAUCCCACAGAUCUAUGUAACAUCAGAGCUAUUGCUCUGCAGAUGUUUCAGGCUCUCCAUGCUCUCAAAAGCGUCGGUGUGGUACACGGGGAUAUCAAAUUGGACAACAUUAUGUUUGCUGAAGAAGAAUCUUUGAGGAUAAAACUAAUAGAUUUUGGUUUUGCAAUGAAGGCAAAGAAUUUACUGAAAGGAACCAAUAUUCAAGUAACACCAUUCAGAGCACCUGAAGUUCUGCUGGGGCUCCCCUUGGAUGAAAGUAUUGAUAUGUGGGGACUUGGAGUUGUACUUGCCUCUUUGUACUACGGAAAUUAUCCCUUUCCAUGUGAAACUGAAUAUGAAACCAUCAGAGCAAUGGUGCAGAUAUUUGGUUUACCGGAAGAAGACCUUCUUAAUGCAGGAGAUUUCACAGAAGGCUUUUUCACUUGGGAUGAUGACGGCAGUAAUUCAGGCUGGAGGCUUCUGACACCUGAUGAAUACACUCAAGACACAGGAGAAGAGCUGGAAGAUGUGGAUCAUUUCAUGGAUCUUGAUCAAAUGACUGAGAUUCAGAAAGAUCUUCAUGAAGACCAUGAUGACGAUGACCACAGGGCUUUCAUUGACCUUCUCAAGCGCAUGCUGGAGGUCAAUCCUCAACGCAGAAUCACACCAAGUCAAGCCCUGGAACACGACUUCAUCACCAUGAAGCACCUUGCAGGGAAAAAAAAAGCCAAGUAUGUUGCCAAAGCUAAAGACCUCAUGGGACAGAUCCAGCUGGAGGAAAAGAAAAAAAAGACAUAA